AGGUAUUUAAAAAGUCGAUUGUUGAUCGUAUUUAUGUGUGUGAGUGAAUUAUUAUUAUUUUAAUUUUUUGUCGCAUAAUUCACAAGUUCUUUAUAGAUUAGUGUUCAAUAAUAACAUAAAUAUUCAUUUCUUCAUGUUAUGUCGACCUUCAGAAAUGACCUUUAAACUUUAUAGUCAAUAGGAUCCAAAUGCGCAUGCGUAGAUUUAUCCGUCAAAUUUUGUUUGGCGCGCUGAUAACUAAGACCACUUGAUCACGAUGAAAUUACUUAUUUUAGUCGUACGGCAGAUACCAUAUAUAGCUCACGUUUCUAAUAAUCUCUGCACUAGCGUAAUCACUUACAACGAAAAUGUCUAGUGAAGAAUUAAAUAUCAAGAGAAAGAUGGCACGACAGAAUGGUAUUGUGCAACCUUUGUUGACUGAUCUGUAUCAAAUAACCAUGGCUUAUGCCUACUGGAAAUCUGGAAAAGUCAAUGAUGUGGCUGUAUUUGAUUUAUUUUUCCGCACAAAUCCUUUCCAAGGAGAAUUUACUAUUUUUGCCGGUCUAGAGGAGUGCUUGAAGUUUUUGGAAAACUUUCACUAUUCUGAUAGUGAUAUUGAAUAUUUGAAGCAAACUUUACCAGAAAAUAUAGAACCAGAAUUUUUUGCCUACUUGAAAGAUUUAACUUGCAAGGAUAUAAGAGUGAGUGCUAUUGAGGAAGGUUCGGUCGUAUUUCCAAGGGUGCCUUUAUUGAGAGUUGAAGGACCUUUAAUUGUAGCACAGCUGUUGGAAACGACUUUGUUAACUCUCGUCAACUUUGCAAGUUUGAUGGCAACGAACGCUGCACGAUAUAGAAUGGUUGCUGGAAAGAAUGUUUCUUUACUUGAGUUUGGUUUACGAAGAGCCCAAGGCCCAGACGGUGGAUUGUCAGCCUCAAAAUAUGCUUAUAUUGGGGGAUUUGAUGGCACAAGCAACGUAUUGGCGGGUAAAAUGUUCAAUAUCCCGGUGCGAGGCACGCACGCGCACUCGUUUGUGACGUCGUUCAGCACGCUGCAGGACUUGCACUCGGUGACGAUCCGACACGCACAGACGCAGGAGCCGAGCAACCUGCUCGAGCUGUCGCUAGAGUGGCGCAAGCGAGUGUCGGCCGUCAUAGAUAUCUCUCCGGAGGAAGCGAGCGACGGUGAACUAGCUGCCCUCAUAUCCUAUGCCCUAGCAUUCCCGUCGGGUUUCUUGGCUCUAGUGGAUACGUACGAUGUCAAGAGGUAUAAUUUUCAAGGCUUACCGUCACGACACAGGCAGCAUAAUAUGAAUGGGCAUUCUGGCUACAAUAGCAACUGUGGAACCAAUGGUACUAGAGUACUCAAAUCACCGACUAUACAUAGUCCAUAUGGAUAUAGCACGGUCGAACGCACACUGAGGAGUGGUCUGCUAAACUUCUGUGCUGUGGCCUUAGCGCUAAACGACUGUGGCUACAGAGCCGUGGGUAUCCGUAUCGACAGCGGUGAUCUGGCUUAUUUGUCUGUACUAGCACGGGAGACCUUCGAGAGCAUCGCCGAAGCUUUCAAACUGCCCUGGUUCUCUAAAUUAACCAUUGUAGCUUCGAACGACAUUAACGAGGAAACUAUAUUGAGCUUGAACGAACAAGGACACAAAAUCGACUGCUUCGGAAUUGGAACACAUCUAGUAACGUGUCAACGCCAGCCCGCCUUAGGCUGCGUUUACAAAUUAACAGAAAUUAAUGGACAGCCGCGCAUCAAACUGAGUCAAGAUGUUGGGAAAGUCACUAUACCUGGUCACAAAGAGGCUUACAGACUAUUCGGUGCGGAUGGUCACGCUCUGAUCGACUUGCUGCAGCGUUCAUCGGAGCCCGCCCCCGAGGUCGGACAAAAGGUGCUCUGUAGGCAUCCCUUCCAAGAGUCUAAACGCGCUUACGUCAUCCCCAGCAAAGUUGAACAUCUAUACAAGGUGUAUUGGAAGGAUGGCCUCAUUUACUCGAUGCCGAAACCAUUACACGAGGUGCGAGAGCGGGUACAAUCGUCACUAAGGACUCUGCGACAGGACAUCAAGAGGAAUUUGAACCCCACCCCUUACAAGGUGGCAGUCAGUGAUGACCUGUACAAUUUCAUCCAUGAUUUGUGGCUCCAGAAUGCACCUAUUGGAGAGUUAUCAUGAAAGGAACGUUAGUAUCCACCUUCUACUAAAAGAAGAAAAUCUUAAGAGCUUGGUAAACCUUGUCUAAGGAACACAACGAUAAUGUCACAAGCCUAUAGGCUUAUUUAUGAAAAUGUGACAAAAUAUAUAUAGUAUUUUAAAUACUGUCGUAUAUGUAGCAUACUUACUGUUAAUAAGGAAAACUUAAUUCAUCCUUAUUUAAGUACACAAUAUUUUUAUUGGAUUGUCUUCAUAAAAGAAGUUUAAACUUAAAUUAGGAUUAAAAUAGUUAACUUAUAUAUUGGCUAUUUUAAACUUGAUAACUUCAUUGUGGGAGACUUAAAAUAUUUGUUAUAUUCAAAAAUAUCUAAGAUAGAAAGACAUUUUAGUCUGGGAACAAUCAAUAGUAUAAUUUUAUAUUUACCUAUUCCAACUUGGUAUUUUUUAACAAUAUACAAUGGAUUCUUACACAUAUUUUGAUAAAUAGGCUUUGAAUAAUAAAUAUAGGCUUUCGCCUGAAUGAAAUAAAAAGCUUGAAGCUGAAACAAUAUUGCGUCAGCUUACGCUAUUCUUGCAAUGUUGAUGUGAAUUAUGGCCUAAAAUAUUAUAUAUCUGGUAUCGUACUAUAAUCUGCCACGUUAUAAUUUAUCCAGAUAGUAUGUGGCAGCCAGUUCGUUAUAAAUUAUGAUGUUGUACUAAUCAUUGCAACCAUUUCAAAUUCCAAGUUUAUUCCUGUACUAGUCAAAUAGAACAAUGUGUUUUUCGCUAAUUUUAAAGUAACAAAAAAAGUUUAGUUAUAUAUAAUUAUCAAAAUUAUUUAAAUUAAUGUUGCAUUCCUUCACUUUGAAUAUUGAAGCUUAAACCAAAGGAUUUAUGGCAGUUUCUUAUAUGUAGUACACUCGUGUCUUGUAAUCCCUUGCCAUUUGUAUAUGAAGUGUUCCAUUGAACUUAUGCAGUUAUAGUAUACCUAGUAAUCUUCAUUACAUUCGCAGAGUAAAUAUUAUUUAGAUAAAAUAUUGAAGUUGUAUGAAGUAGCUUUUAAAGGUUUAGUUAGUUUCGAAGAGAGAUACAGUAACAUUUUGUACAAAUUAUGUAUUUAUUACAAAACAUAGUGCAUUUAGUUCACCUUUAGGUAGAGAGUAGAUCGAAGGGACGUGAUAUUAGGUUAUUGAUUUUGUUGUUAUUGGUGGAGGAAAUUUGUUGUUGUGAUAAUAUAUAAAUUUUAUGAAAUAUGUUUAAUCUUAUAAAAAAAGUGUUAUCAACACAUAUAAAUAUCAUGGACCUUUCAGAACUGGUUUCUGGUUUUUAGUUAAUAUGUUUAGAAAACCCUGAAAUAGCUGUAUAGUUUUUGUAUACCUACUUAAAACAUGUGAAUAUUGACAAUUUAAAAUUGUCAGUUGAAGCUGGAUAAUGAUGUGUUCUAGGUUUUAGCUAGCAUUUGCAAAGGCAUGACAGAAAUAAUAACAGAAAAUAUGUAUAUCUUAUGGCUUUGUCACGUGCAAAUGAGUUUUAUAUUUAUACCUUCUGAAAAUAUAUGCAAUAUUAUAUAAUAACUUUUAAGAGUACCCCUAAAAUUGGUAAUGAACGUACAGCGUCGAUCGUCAUUACACCCACGUUGAAACAUGCGCAUUCAGUAAGAAUGGACUCUGAUAUUAUAAGAAUGGUAUUUAGUCUGGCACUAAUGCUGUUGAGUUUGCACAGAUUUCAGACCAAUCUAUGUAUGUAUGGACAUUUAUGAACAGCACUGUGCAUUUGGCAUUAAAAAAAUAGUAUAAAAGCGUUUUCUCCAAUUUCAUUUGAAUGUGUGACUGUGUGUACAACAUUUCAAUUAUUCUGUUGUAUAUUUACCCAGUAUGCAAACUUUACCUUUUAAAUAUGGUAAAAGUAACAGUCGUGUAAGUUUUAAACUAAGCCUAUUCUUGAAAUGUACUGUGCACUGUAAAGUGACUUUUUAUUGGAGAAUAACGAUUUUUAAGAAAUAAAUGAUACCACAGUUAUUAGUUGUGAACAUAUAAAGAAGAUACUUUAUUAAGCAAUGUAACUAAACUCGGUUUGAGAAUUAAUGCUCUGUAAAUAUUUCCGUAAAGUUUCUUGGCACUCCGUCCGUUUAAUAGAGGACAUUGGCUUACGAAGUAAAAAUAAUAGCGUCGCAUAAUCCAACUAAUUCAUUAAGUGUAGGGUGUUUUUGUGUACGGAAAUCCUUUAUGAAAACUUUUGUGAAUUUUAUGUAAGUAAUAUGAAUAUCCUUUUAAAAAUUUCGAGUAGUAAAAAAGAAAGUACAUUAUUUUAUGGGAAUGAUGUAUAGAAUAGUCAAGACACUGCAUGAACUUUUAAAUAAAUGUUCUGUGUAGGUUAGCACAAGCACUGGCCUGUUCACGGUGUUUUCUGUGCCUUUGAAAUUUGAAUAUAGCUAUUAUUAUAAGAAAAACACAGUUUUUUUAUUAUUUUGAAUGUAUUUUAGAAGGUUGCUUAUCUACAUAGUAAAACUUGGGUGAAAUUGAAUGAAUAAAUAACAUACUUUUGUAA